AUGGAUAAGCAACGCCGCGUAAGAAAGCGAGUGCCCAGGGCACUUGCUGAUGCGUCCAGCAAAAGAUGCGCAAGAUGCCGCCGGCAGAAGGUCAAAUGCAAUGGGUCCUUCCCCUGCAGCCGAUGCACCAGGAGACAAGUUGAAUGUCAGGGUGAUCCGCGAUCGGGAGCGAUCUCAGCUGAGCAACCGAGCGCCCAUCGUCAUGCGGCCUCUUGUAGCCGUCAGGGGAACCCUAGAUUGCCAGUCGAGCUAGGACUGCCGGAAGCGUUCUCACCCGGGGAGUCACCCGCGCCACCACUCACGAAUCCCUUGGCCAUCGAUUGCUCAAGUUAUUCUUUAGACACGAACGGACGACCUGUACAUCUGGGGACGUCUUCGACAUGGUCCUUCGGCCGUCGUGUCCUCCGCAUGACAUACGAAGCGGCCAUGCAUGCCCCCCUUCCUUCAGAAAACUUACUCUUCGACGGCACAUGCUAUGACUUGGGGUGGGAUGAGAAACGGCACCCAUCCUCCCAGGUAGACCUCGAGGUUGUUGCACUUCCCUCGCCGGAUUAUGCACAUCCUUCAGGUCUCUGGUAUAUCCAUUACCUCUUGAUUCUUGCUUUCGGCAAGGCAUUUGUGGUCCAGACCAGCAGAGGACGAAAGCCUCCAGGCGCCGACCUAUUCCGUCUUGCCAUGAGCCUUCUUCCACCGGCUCAUAUGUUCGUUGCUGAUGCAAUACAUAUGGUGCAGAUCCUAUGCUGUGCCGCCUUGUAUCUCCAAUGCCUAGACUUCCGCGGGCCUGCCUAUCGCAUCAUAGGCCAAGCGCUGCGCCUGGCGCUUCAAGGAGGGUUACACACUGAAAUGCACGGCCAGGACGUGAGUGACGCACACGCUCAGAGAUCCCACCGUGUGUGGUGGACAGUCUACAUCCUCGACCGCCAGAUGUCGUCCCUCAUGGGUGUGCCAAUGGCAAUUUCAGAUGAUGCGAUAAACGCACCCCUACCUACUUUCCCGGGAGAACCUCGGAAGUCAAUGACUCUGGAGAUCCAGAUAAAGCUCUCCCGUGUUCUGGCGCGGAUAGUCGAGAACACAGCCGUGUACGGUGCCGACGGUCGUCUCGACAAGCAGUUUCUAAGCAGCACAAAGGACGCCCUGAAAAAUAUCGCAGGCGUUGCUGACCAUCUGAAUGGCUCUUUUGCAUUACCCAAUAACGCCGUGAUGCGUGGCAUAUCGAGGGUUUCUGCUUCGCUGCAUCUCAUGCAACACCAAUGCAUUGUUCUUACGACGAGGCCUUUGCUUUACAACCUUUUCGAGUCGAGGAUCGGCGGUUCGGACCCGAGCUUGAUACGCACGGCCCGGUCUGGGAGUGUUAGGAAUCUGCUUCUCAUAUGCAUCGACUCGGCUCAGCAAAUGCUAACCAUUCUCGCAAGUUUGCAGAGCCAAGAUAUCCUCGAGGGCUUUCUGCGCUUCGACCUCGACGCUACCUUCGCCGCUCAUCUCACGUUGUUGAUGGCACCUACUAUUGAUCCCACUCUAAUAAAGAACCAGUCGAUAUGGUUAAAGCGUUGCUAUAGUGUGUUGGAAUAUAUUAUAUCCUGUGGAAACAUGGUGGCUGUCCAGGUGAAAUCAGAGCUACGACACCUAGAAGACAUUCUUAGUCGUUGGCCUAUGGACGAUGAAUUCAAUCAAGGGGAAGCGCCUCAACAGCAGAGCUCACGCAGCUCAUUACCACCAGAAGGCCCUUCUCCAAAGUCGGCACUACCACAACCUAUGAUUGUCCAAAACAACUUCCAGCCGUUAGAAGAUACUCUACAGAUGGAAGGGCUUUGGUGGCAAGAAGGUCUCUCAUCAGAAUAUCUUAUUAAUUUUGCAAAUUCAAUCGAUCUAGAUAGCCUAGAUAUAUUGUAA